CAUGCCGCCUCCCCGCCUCUCGCGCGAGGGUCUGUGGCUGAGUCGGGCCAUGAGCCGGUGUGUUUUGGAACCCCGGCCCCCGGGGAAGCGGUGGCUGGUGGCCGGCCUGGGGAACCCUGGAUUGCCCGGCACGCGGCACAGCGUGGGCAUGGCAGUGCUCGGGCAGCUGGCGCGGCGGCUGGGUGUGGCAGAGAGCUGGGCACGCGACGCACGCUGUGCCGCCGACCUCGCCUUGGCCUCGCUCGGGGAUGCCCAGGUGGUCCUGCUCCGGCCGCGGCGACUCAUGAACAACAACGGGCGCAGCGUGGCUCGGGCAGCGGAGCUGUUUGGGCUGACUGCUGAGGAGGUCUACCUGGUGCACGAUGAGCUGGACAAGCCACUGGGGAAACUGGCUCUGAAGUUGGGAGGAAGCGCCAGGGGCCACAAUGGAGUCCGUUCCUGUAUUAGCUGCCUCAACUCCAAUGCCAUGCCACGGCUGCGGGUGGGCAUCGGGCGCCCGACACACCCAGACACAGUUCAGGCCUACGUGCUGGGCCGCUUCUCCCUCGCCGAGCAGGAGCUGCUGCCUCCAUUGCUGGAGCGUGCCACCGACCUGCUCCUGGACCACAUCCGUGAGCGAAGCCAGGGGCCUACACUGGGCCCCUGAUGCCAGGGGACCCGGCUGUCUGCCUGACUGUUGUGCCCACAUACCCAGCCACGUCCAGAGAGGUGCCACACCAACCUGUGGUAUCUGUUUUUUAUGUUACACUCCUCGGGGCUGCCCCAGGCUGCCUGUGGACUAAAGGGGAGACUGGCCGCAACAGUCCUUUUCUGGGAUAGGACAUUGGUCUUCUUUCCAUGUCCUACUUAGAAAGUAGUGAAAUUCCAGGAAGACUGAACUUUUUGAACUUUUUUGCAGAACCAGAGGUAUGGAUCUGUAAGAAUAAAGAUGCCAGCCUGGAAGCCGA